GCGCAACGACAACGGUUCACUUUCGGUUUCUCCACGGCGUAGAUCGGUCUCAUUCACAUUUCUCUCGCAAACACUCCUUGAGCUUAAUUCAUCUCAAGAUGAUCACUGAUCGGGGCUCUAGUUUGUUAUUGCUGUUUCUUGUGCAGUUGUUGGCUUUGUGCCACUGGAGCAGCGCCAAGUUGCCAUCCAGCAUAACACCCUGUGCUCGCAACGAUCCUCAACUGGAGCGUUGCAUCAUCAAUGCCGUCUAUCAACUGCGUCCUCUCCUGGUCCAUGGCAAUCUGGGCGAUGGAUUUCGAACUCCUCCACUGGAGCCACUGCAGCUGGACAACAUUGAGCUAGGAGGCGGCAGUCAGUUUCAGGCAACAUUCGCUGAGUUAGAGGCAUCGGGUGGCAGUAAUUUCAUCAUCGAUCGAAUAAUUGCCAAGCCUGAGGAUAUCUCGUAUGAUUUGUGGAUAACUCUACCUCGCAUUGACUUCAAGGGAAAGUAUUCCAUGCGACUCAAUUUGUUGGUGCUGGAUAUUAAGGGCAAGGGCAACAUGCGUGGCUAUUGCGACAAUGCCAAGGCUGCUGUCAAGAUGCGCGGCACACGCUAUCUGCGCAAUGGACUGGAGUAUGUCAAAUUCACCAAGAUGACGAUGAGAAUUCAGUUUAGGGAUUUCAAACUGCGAUUGGACAAUCUCUUCAACGGGGAUGGCAUAUUGGGCGAUGUGGGCAAUACACUCAUCAAUGACAAUCAGGAUCUGUACUUGAAUGAGAUUGUGCCAGGAUUGGAGCGUGGAUUGUCCAAGAAGUUUCUGGAUGUGGCCAAUGAGAUUUUGGCAACGGCCACCUUUGAUGAAAUGUUUCCACCCGGUCGCACUGUGGUCAAUCCUAUUCAUUUUCCCAAUCCGGCAGCACCAGCUGUGCCCGGACCAUCCAUAUUUGAGCCAAAUUUUGCCUCACGUAAUCCUGUGGGCGGCAUUUUGGAUCAGCUGCCACCCAGAAAUAACAAUCACAAUCAAAAUCGCAGGCCCAAACAACCGACGAACAACCAUCCGGGAGGUGGUAUUUUUGGCGAGAUAACUCCAGGCGGAGGCAUCAUUGAUCCCAGACUGAAUCUGGACAGAUAGAAUUUGUAUAUUUGUUUGUUUCUUGUA